AUGGAUUCAGUAAAGAGUUUUUUUGUAAAAGAUUCUGAUUCAGAUAGUAUUUCUCAUGGUAAUCAUUACCAUAAAGGACAUAGCAAUGAACAUAAAAAACGGCCACGGUCUAGUUCAAUACUACAAACCCUAACAAUUCCAGAAGAUGAUGAAAAUGAUCUCGAGCAAUCUUCAAUCGAAGGAUAUAAUCCUAGUCCCGGUCUUCAGAAGUUGGUAACCGAUACUCUUGUAGAAAGAAUAUUGAAAAUGGCGUUACCUCCUUCUACCGAACUAGGAGCACAAGCUUUGGAACAUAGAAUUGAGGCUGGUAAAGUACGGCCAAGAUUGUCAAUGCCUGUCAUGAGCAGAAAUUUUAUACAGGCAAAUUCAAGGUUUGGAGCCCCAUUCAUGUUUAUCGAUGAGAUAAUAAAGAUUUUCAAUUGGGAUAAUCCAGCAUAUACUUUAUCAGUUCUCUCCAUUUAUUCAUUUGCUAUAUUACAACCAGUAACCAUUUUAUCUUCAAUACCCCUAUUUUACAUUUUAUUUGGUAUAAUGGUCCCUCAAUAUUUAUAUAUUCACAAACCAGAUCCUGAUCAAUAUUUAGAAUCAAACCCCACCCCUGCAUUCGGUCCUCCUUUAAGAGCACCUCAUAUCCCCAAGCCAGCCUCAGAAUUAAGCCAAGAAUUCGUAAUAAAUUUAACCGAUUUACAAAAUCAUAUGGUUUUAUACGUCCAGAUUUAUGAUUUUUUUGCUAAUAUUUUGGAAAAUUUUGCAUAUUUCACUGAUGAUCAAAAAUCCACUGUAGCAUUCAUUCUCAUAUUGGUAAUUGGCGUACUAAAUUUCUUCUUUUCAGAUAUCAUUAUUAAAUAUAUACCUUAUAAAUUAAUUCUACUAAUAUUUGGCUGGGCACUAGCAAUUGUAUUACAUCCAUUUUACAGAGAUCGCAUAUUUGCCAAAAUUCAUUCAGAAGAGGCAAGAAUUAGAAUUCUUACGUUUACAAACAGAUAUGAAGAAUUUUUAGAAAGACACUUAAAAAGUUCUGAACCAAGAGAACAUAGGUUUGCACAAAUAUAUGAAAUUCAAAAGCUAAAAGAUAAGUCAAAAACUUGGAAACCAAUUGGAUUAAGCAAUUCAGACUAUACUUUAUUUUCGAAAUUAAGAAUAAAUGGUUUAGAUAUUAAAGAUUAUGUGGUUCAAACUUUAGAUGAAAUCCAACCACCAGAAGAAUGGGCAUGGAUGGAUGGUAAAAGUUGGGUACUAGAUUUAACUCCUUCUGAAUGGGUAUCAAGAGAAUUUAUUAAUGCUAUUGAUAUUGAUUCCGAAACAAAAUGGGUGUAUGAUAUUGAUAUCGAUGGUAAUAGAACUAGUUAUAGAAGAAGAAUGUGGGUCAGAAUGUGUGUUCGAGAAAUGGAUGCAGAUGUUGAUACAAAAGAAAAAGUAGUAGAUGAUAUUGACGAAAUAGCUGAUGCAGAUACCUCAUUUGGUAGUGUAAGAGGCAUAACUAAAAGAUCAAUGUCAGGGAAUUAUCAAAUCCUUAACCCAAAUGCUAAUAUACAAUUUGAUAAGGAAAGUCAUAUUGGUGAAUUACCUAGUAGAAAGAAUAGAUCAAGUUCUAGCUCGCUCGAGGCUGUGUCUGUUACCUCUCUUGAUUCUGUUACAGACAUUUUUAACUCUACACUUUAA